GGGGGCGGUCUACGUCAGCACCAUGCGCUACGUGCAGCUCCACACGCCCCAGGUGCUCCGGGGCUACACGUCCUUCGUCAUCUCCAUCUACCCGGUGUCUGCAUCGGUGGCGUACGUGUCGGUGCUGGUGCCGCGCACCUUCCCCAUGGUGCAGCUGGUGAUGCAGGGCAUGUUCGUGGUGUGCUUCUACCAGCUGUUCUCGCUGCUCGUCUGCCACUUCGACAGCAAGGAGCAGGAGCUGUCUCCACAGCUGGUGGCCACCACCUUGCGCCCAGUCACCGGACCCUGCUGCUGCUGCUCCUGCUGCGGCCGCUGCCUCAAGCCCGUGCCCGUCACCAGGGGCAACGUUAAGCGCGUGCGUUUGCUGGUUCUGCAACUGCCGGUGGUGCAAUGGAUGAUCUACCUGGCGACAUUCAUCAUCCUCUUCGAACGAGCGGAAGUCCUGGAGGUGGUGAACACCUGGAUGCAGGUGCUGUUCCUCGUGUCCAUUCUGCUGGCCGCCUGGGGCACCAGCAUGUUGACUGAGAUGCUCAACAGCGUCUCCAAGGACUUCCACCCCAAGUCCAAGUUCGCGGCGCUGCAGACCCACGUCGGGCUGCACGCCCUCCUGUCAAUCAUCGGCGACACCGUCACAGACUACCUGCCCUGCACCGCGCCGCUGACGCCCACUCUGUGGAGCAACUUGACGCUGUCGUGUCUGCUGCUGUUGGAGCUGGUGGCGCUGAGCCUAUGGGCCCGCAGGCUGUACUGCCGCGAGUCCACGCCGGUGGUGACGCUAGGGUACCAGCCACGAGGAGAUGCACAGGCUGAUGCGGAGGCUGGCGGCGGUCCGGAAGUGGCCAGUGCUGUGGUCACCACACAGCCGAGGCAUCACAAUGGGAUACAGCGCGCCAGAGAUCGUCCAGUCAACUCAAUCACCAUCGUCACGUGAUCCAGCCUAAUAUCUUUUGGAACAGACAGCUGAAUCUGUCAACAGGAAGCGGAUAUGUAGAAUACUGCUCAGAAAAGCACAAAUACCUCCAUCAUCUGAUGAAACCAUUCACGUGUGUUUGUCAGUUUUAGAGCAAGUUGCCCUUGGCUUUCUUCAGUUGCCUGCAGUUUGGCGAUUUGAUAGCUCACAUUUCUCGUCCCUGCCUCCAUUAGUAGUAUCUGUCGGAUUGGCCACGGAAUGGGAACAUCUGAAUUCUUGGUGAGCCGUGUAUCGACUCGUGCUACACCUUGUGUUUAGAUUGCAUUGGUUUUCCUUUUCUUCCCCUGACAUGUUUGUCUGAUAUGUUGUCUGUCAUUAAGUGGCUGCUUGGUUGUCUUUUCUCUCUGCUAUCGAUACCUGCGUUUUUGCUUCCGGGAAACUGCUAUGGAGGAAGUGAGAUCUUUGACAGAUGGUAACAUCGUGUAGUGGCGCGGAAGUAGAGUGGGCUCUCAGAGAGAGUCUGGUGGAGACGGGAGUGUAGUGUGGCUCUCCAGCGCGAAACAGGCGUGGUCGGUUGUACCGAGUCGCCACGUGAUGUAUGUCGGUUGUGUGUAACGAGCGGGUCGAGUUGACGGAAGAGCUCCCCGCGUGUUGGUUGAGUGCAGAAUCGCCCCACGAGUAGUUGUUGUUCAUUUCGCCUUGGUGCGACGUUAACAUGCUUCUUUAAAUCCUCCGUUUCAACACUGGAGUUUAAAAGGAGACAACUAACAUGAGGGAGCGGUCACUACCCGUCAACGUUGCAGAGAAGACGUGAACUCCGGUGACAGAGCGUGUUGUCGCGUGACCGUGGCGUGUUGGGUACGCUGGCGACGCGUGCGCGGUCGGAUGUGUGGAUCCUUGCCAUCGGAGGUCGUGUACGGACUGUUCGAGCAUAAUUGCAAGUUAAGUUCGUGGAAGGUUUAAUCAUUAACUAAUAAUUUUGUGUAACCAGCGUCUCUUCUGCAUUGUGGCCUCCGGCGACCGGCUUUCCUGUCCCUGGCACCGGUGUCAUUGAAGACAGUGAUCUUUCCUCCUCCUCUCGUUACUGUCCGAUGGGAGGUGUAGUUUUGGCAGUUUAAUUGUUUCGCUAUUCUGUCGUGGGUUAUGAGUAAAUUCAUGCUUCUUGUUGGUUGAUCAUGUGGUCGCUCAUUCAGGACUGUGGGGUGUAAUGUUUCCUUGCACGAGGUUAGCUCUAAUUCUGUCAGCAAGUUAAGCCAUCUUAUAACAAGUUUUCGCUGGCUAAAAGUCGGUGCAGUGACCAGCCUGAGAGUGGCAAUUGUGUUUACGGGCGUAUUUAAAUUGGUCAGUAUUCUGCCUAGCCUGAGCAUCCCUGAGUGGGUGAUUUGUGGCCGCCUU